GAAGAAGCACAAUUGGAAAGUGACAAUAUUUGCCUUUUAUUGUAAAAUAAUAGAAAUAUAUUUGACCGGUCCAUCUUUAAAUACUUGCUAUUUACUGCGAACACAAGUACAUAUUAACAAAUUAAAGAUUAAAAAAUAGUGAAAACAUGUUACACCGAAGUAGUCUGUUAUCAAGUGCUUUAAAAACGGUUGGUACUUCUGUAUCGUUGAGGUUUAACUCCACGAUUGUUAAACCAAAAACUGCUAUACUUAUGCUAAAUAUGGGUGGUCCUCAACAUACAGAUCAAGUACAUGAUUACCUCCUGAGAAUUAUGACAGAUCGAGAUAUGAUUCAACUGCCAGUGCAAAGUCGGCUAGGUCCUUGGAUUGCUCAAAGACGAACGCCAGAAGUACAAAAAAAGUAUAAAGAAAUUGGCGGUGGAUCACCCAUACUCAAAUGGACAGAACUGCAAGGUCAAUUAAUGUGCAACGAACUUGAUCGAAAAUGCCCUGAAAGUGCACCGCAUAAACAUUAUGUUGGCUUUCGAUAUGUUAAUCCACUCACUGAGGACACUUUACUGCAAAUUGAAAAUGAUGGCCCCGAAAGAGUCGUGUUGUUUUCCCAGUAUCCUCAAUAUAGCUGCGCAACUUCUGGUUCAAGCUUUAAUUCGAUUUUUUCGCAUUAUCGACAACAUUCCCUUCCAAAGAAUAUAAAAUUCAGUAUAAUUGAUCGCUGGUCGACUCAUCCCUUGUUAAUUAAAACUUUUGCUGAACGUAUACGAGAAGAGUUAAUUAAAUUUGGUGAGGCAAAACGUAAGGACGUCGUUAUACUAUUCACAGCCCAUUCCCUACCUUUAAAAGCGGUUAAUAGAGGUGAUCCCUACCCUUCUGAAGUAGGCGCCAGCGUGCACUUAGUAAUGAAAGAAUUGGGUAAUACCAACCCCUAUACUUUGGCGUGGCAAUCGAAAGUAGGACCCUUGCCGUGGCUUGCUCCCGCUACUGAUGACACUAUAAAGGCAUAUGUAAAGCAGGGUCGUAAAAAUUUCAUACUGGUACCAAUUGCAUUUGUAAAUGAGCACAUAGAAACAUUGCAUGAACUCGAUAUAGAGUAUUGCGAUGAAUUGGCUAAUGAGGUAGGUGUGGAGGAAAUAAGACGUGCAGCCGCACCCAAUGAUCACCCGUUAUUCAUUGAGGCAUUAAGUUCCAUUGUGGCGGAUCAUCUCAAAAAUGGCCAAGCCGUAAAUCCAAAGUUCUUGAUGCGUUGUCCAAUGUGUGUUAAUCCACGUUGUAAGGAUAGCAAAAAUUGGUACAGUGAGGUCUGUACUCAAUAAUAACAUCGUUCUAACUAAAUUCAAAGUGCAUAUCCGUUCAUUAAGAAGUGUCACAAAAUAUUGGUGCAAAGGUUUAUAUACUAUCGUUAUUUUAAAUCCUUUGUUAUUCUUGAGUUUUUAAAUAUUAAAGGAAUUAGCCUAUAAAAUUUAAAA